AUGGAGAAGAACAAUAGAAGCAUACGAAUCGAGUGCCCUAAGCUGUUGAUCACCCGAAACGAAUCGGAUCUCCAAUGGCUAAUCGGAUCCCCAUUUUUCCAUCCGCUGACUAUCAUCUCUACCUUCAGAUGCAUCCAUUUCGGUUCCUCCGGCCCGGAUUUCUUCAAGGAAUCAGAAGAAAUCAGGACACUACUCUUGAAAGGCUUCGAUGUAAUUGGAGCGUUAAUCGUUGGGAAAUCCGAUCUCCAGAAGACAGCGGCUAGAGCUGUUGAAGCUGCUCGGACUUUGAGAAAAGUUUUAUCUGGAAGGACAAAUUUGGAAAAUGAAGAGAUGAUCGGCUCCGUUGCUGAUCCGGAUACAGGGGAUAUUCGUUUCUUUGUAUCGGAGAAUGAGAGUUCGGCUAGCCUUGACUUGGUUAAUUCUGUUUUGUACGAUGCUAAUCCUGAGAAAUUCUUGUGGGAAAGUGGUUGUUUACUACUCUGUCAGCUUCCAAUUAAGUUGCCCGUCUGUUUUCCUGUAAACAAUCCAUCUGAUGUGGAGAGUAUCUUCUUGAGUGCAAUUGAAGUAGUCAUUGCUAAGUUUGAAGAUCCAAAUGUUGUGUAUAUGGUGGAAGCAUCCAAUAAAGCCUCUUUAGAUGCGGUUCAACCUAUCAUUCUUCGUGGCGCAGAUUUGGAUUUUGACACAACUGCCCCAAACUUUGAGCUGUUGGAUGAAGCUUCUCAGAGUUCUGAGCAAAACCUUUUACCAUGUGCACACUUUUGUUUGAAAAGUAAAUCCUUGUUUUCUGCUGAGGCUGCAGAUAUACUCCAAGUAAGUGUUAUGCUUAAUAGAUCAGAAAAGUCUCCAAAAUGCAGUGCACCUACUGUGGAAUAUAUCCCAGCUAUGGAAGAAACUAGACUUUUGAUUGUGGAUUUCAAGCUAGAGGUACUCUGUUAUGCACUCCAGGGCUUCCCAUUGAUGCAUGCCAUUUCAAAAUUAAUCAUCCCUGGGUUAAUUGACCAGUUAAUUUCUAUGAAGCAAAUGGCCUUGCCUAAUUUGUUAACGCAACAUCCAGAGCUACAUCCAUAUCAUUUUAGUCCGCCUGGGAUAGCGCAUCCAAUAACCGUUAUCUAUGAACUUAAUUACGGGGAGACUGAAAUGAAGCAAGUUGAUGCUAGAAGAUCCCUACAUCUGAGGCUGGGGUUGCCAUUGGAUCGUCCUCUCCUAAGAAUUGCCAAUUCGCUGGACAUGUCCAUAAAAGACCGCUCAAGUAGGAGUUCAACAAGAAAAGGCUCUUCUUUGCUUAAAGAUGUGCAUAUUGGGAUUCCAAGGAGUGGGGUAUCAGGAGGCAAUGUCUCUCUAGUUCAAGGUUCUUAUGAGUACUAUCAUUAUCUUCAAGAUGGCUUUGAUGAUUCAGGAUGGGGUUGCGCUUACCGCUCACUUCAGACUAUCAUUUCCUGGUUCAGACUCCAACAUUAUUCAUCCGUAGAUGUUCCUUCACACAGGGAAAUACAACAGUCGCUUGUAGACAUUGGUGACAAGGAUCCUGCUUUCAUUGGGUCGCAUGAAUGGAUUGGUGCAAUUGAAUUGAGCUUUGUCUUGGAUAAACUUCUGGGUGUUAGCUGCAAAGUCAUGAACGUUAGGUCGGGAUCUGAGCUUCCUGAAAGAUGUCGAGAACUGGCAUUACAUUUCGAAACUCAAGGAACACCGAUUAUGAUUGGUGGUGGUGUUCUUGCAUACACCCUUCUCGGAGUCGAUUACAAUGAAGCAACCGGAGAGUGUGCAUUUCUAAUAUUAGACCCCCACUAUACCGGAAGUGAUGAUGUGAAGAAGAUCGUAAAUGGGGGAUGGUGUGGAUGGAAAAAAUCUGUGGACAGCAAGGGAAAGAGCUUCUUUUUGCAGGAUAAGUUCUACAAUCUUCUACUUCCACAAAGGCCUAACAUGGUUUAGUUUUCUGAUUUAUUUUUAGAAGUUGUCAAUUAGCAUUUAGAUGCAUGCAAAGGGACCAUAAAUUUUCAACACUAGGAAUUUUGCAAUGUUCGUUGCCAUUUCUCUGUUC